AUGCUCGGCAAGCGCACCCGCACCGCAGACAGCACCCCGCCGUCGCCCUCGAACAAGCGGCCCCUCACCGAGUACCUGCCCGCCGUCAAGGGCCCCUCGUCGCCCGUCACGGCCGCAAAGCGCAGCGCACCUCUCGAGCGCUCCCUCUCGCAAAAGGAGAACGCGCACGUUGUCCAGCUCGUCCAGCCGGCGUUCGACGACGUCUUCAUGGCCGACGAGGACGAGGAGCAGCGCCCGAGCGACUUUGCCUUGCCGACACCGCCGCUCGCGUCCGAGUUCCAGCACGUCCUCGACGCACCCGCACCUGCCGUCGUCGACGAGCCGACCACUGCUCGCGGCUUCUCGAACGUCUACACGCACGCCGCGUCGCUCCUGUCGCCCUCGCUCUCGACGAGCGUCCUCUCUCUCCUCGGCCGCGCCGACCAGCGCGACACCCUCCUCGCCUUCCUCUCGCGCCGCCUCCCAACCGCCUACGCCGCGCUCGGCGAGCCCGGGCCCUCGGCGGCGGCGGCGACGUCCAAGAGGGGACCCGGCCCGGCGGCCAUGUACGUCUCGGGCCCGCCAGGCAUCGGCAAGACGGCGCUCGUCGGCGCCGUCGUCGACGAGCUGCGGGCGCGCAUCGACGAGCGCGCGCUCGGCGGCGAGGUGCGCGUCGCGAUGGAGAACUGCGCGACGAUCGCGGCGGGCGGUACGGGCGGUGAGAGGGCGUGGACGCGGCUCGGGGCGGCGCUCGGCGUCGACAUGGAGGACGGUGAGGCGGCGCUCAAGGCCAAGGAGCGCUUCGAGGAGGGGCUCAAGGACGGGCGCAAGUACCUUCUCAUCCUCGACGAGAUCGACCACCUCGUUGCAUCGUCGUCCCCCUCGACUCGCCUUCCCUCGUCCCAGCAGCCCGACCUGCUCAACGCCCUGUUCGCCCUCGCCUCGGUCCCGGCCUCGCCCCUCACGCUCAUCGGCAUCGCCAACGACCUCACGCUCAAGGCCCUCUCGUUCACGCCGGUCCCGUCGCCGAUGAGCAAGGGCAAGGCCACGGCCAAGGUCGACCCGCUCCUGACGCCUGUCAAGCCCGUCCGCCUGCACUUCAAGCCGUACAGCUGGCAAGAGCUCGUCGCCAUCGUCCAGCAGCGCCUCUCGCUCCUCGCCCCGACCUACCCGUACCUCGACGGGGCGCCCUCGGUCGUCCACCUCGCCGCCGCCGCCGCCAUCGACGACGAGGCGACGUCGGCCAAGAAGGCGCCGGUCCCGCUCAUCGACAAGCCCGCGCUCGACCGCUGCGCCAAGAAGGUCGCGACCGGCACAGGCGACGUGCGCACCAUGCUCGACGUCGUCCGGCGCGCCAUCGCCGCCGCCCAGGCCCAGGCGCUCGCGGCGGGUCCGGUCGACCUCGGCGCCCUGACGCCGGCGAGCGCGCCCCGCGCCGGCAUGAAGCACGUCUCGGCCGCGCUCGCGUCGUCGUCGGGCCUGACGGCGGCGCCGUCGCUCGCUGCGCGCCUCGCGGCCCUCCAGGGCGGGCCGCACCAGCGCUUCGUCCUCGUGUCGACGCUCAUCGCGCUCUCGCGCCUCAACCCAGCCCCACCAUCAUCCUCCUCCUCCUCCUCCUCAUCGACGGCCUCGCGCGGCUCCGGCUGCGCAGGGCUCGACCGCCCCUCGUCGGCGUUCGAGGCUGCGCGCGUCACGGCCGACGCGGCGUUCGCCGUGUACCGCGACCUCGUCCUGCGCGACGAGGUGCUCGCGCCCUCGGCGCUCGACCAGGCCGCGUUCGUCGAGACGCUCGGCAUGGUCGAGGACCUCGGCGGGUUCGUCGUCGUGCGCGGCCGGCCCGGGUCGAGCCCCUCGUCGUCGCCGAGCAAGAAGCAGCCCGGGAGCGGCAGCGCGAGCGGCGGCCGGGCGCGCAUCGUCACGCCGACCAAGCUCAAGCGCGGCGAGAAGGGUCGCCUCACGGUCGAGCUCGCGCACACGGCGCCCAUGGCCGACCUCGUCGCGGCGCUGACGCAGGCGCCGGCGGCGGGCAGGGAGAGCGAUGAGGACGAGGCGGCGCGACGCGCGAGGCGGGCGCUCGAGCGCGAGAGGAACGACCAGCGGUGGCGGGUCAAGCGGGCACAGCUCGGGCGGGACGAGGAGCGGCGCGCCGAGGAGGAGCUCGAGGGGCGAGACUGGGAGAGGGCCUUGCUCGCGAGGGAGGAGGCGAGCGGCAAGGUCUAGCGCGCCCCCCUCUCGUAGAUCUCGCCAUGCGUCUGUACUCGAGCGUUCUCGCGUGUC